AUGCGGUUUAUUGCAUUUCUCGCCGUCGCCACCGGGGCGUUUGCAGCCCCUACCAGGAGGGCCUCCGGGGCGUUCGACAUGCCCCUAGCCUGGACACCUUUUGGCUUCACUACAAACACCAUCACAGUCGGUAGUCCACCCCAGAAGCUCGAUUCAUUCGUGGACUGGACCUGGAUUGGCCAGUAUGCCUUCACCCCGCGCUGCCAUGGCAGUCUCCAAGACACCUUCGACUGCCUCCAGCCAGGCCAGCAGCUGUACAACCAAACCCAGUCGCGGACCUACACCAACCAGUCCAAGCUCUACCCUGAUAGAAACUGGAACCCAAACCACUUCUUCUUCUACGACGACCUCUCCGUCGGCUUCGGCUCUGACAUCCAACAAGUCGGAGACCACCAGGCCAGGGUCACUCUGCAGCUAGCGGACAUGCAUUUCCAACUGGACUUUGUAUACCCCUUUGCCGGUGUAUACGGCCUCUCGCCAGUCUUCAAGUCCGACAACGCCUCCACGCAGUCCCCAUUCUACCAGAUGUGGGAGCAGGGUCUUUAUCCCUCCCCGCUCAUUUCCUUCUUGUACUGCCACAACAGCACCUUCGACAGACCCGCGCCCCGUCGCGAGCUCUGCAAUGACAACGACGGCCUACAGACUCUAGGCGGCCCAUCUCCUAGUAAGACCACCGACUCUGUACUAUGGUACGACAACAUCCUCUUCCCCGCCGUCAACGACAUAGACUUCGAAUAUGAACCGGCUGUAUUGAACUACUGGGCCGUCCGACUCACCCAGCACCUCAUCGGAGACGAGGAGCAGGCCCUCAACACCUCCGCCUCUAUCGGCGGUAACCCCGGUGCUAUCUUCGACCAUGCCAGCUACGGCCGCGGCGUGCCCAUGUCGGAGAACAGCUAUGCACGGCUGAUUGAGAUCACGUCCGGACAGCCAAUUGAGUUGGACGAGAAUACUGCUCCUAAUAACGGGAACCAGUCGUUUGUGUCUGUGGACUGUGCCAAGGUUAAGUCGUUUCCCAGUGUGAAGUUUGUCUUUGAGGGCCAUGAGCGGGUGUGGGAGGUUGUGCCGGAGAACUAUGUUGAGGUUGUUGAUUUGAAUAACGAGCAGGUUUGUGUGUUGAAUGUGAGGACUCUGGGGGAGGGGGACUUUGUUAUUGGUAAUUUUGGAGAGACGUUUGCGAAGGAUAAGGUGGUUUUGUUUGAUUUUGAGGAGCUGAAGGUUGGUUUGGCGGAUGUUCCUGGGGCUGCGUAUUGA